AUGGCGAUGUUGGUGGCCCCUGCUGUUACAAUCGUUGCUCGCAAAUACGGCAUCAAGUUACCUAUGUUGCUCGGGUUGGGGCUUUUGGCGUCGGGAUAUAUCUCUGCGUCCUUUUCACAAAGAAUCUGGCAGCUCUAUCUGUCACAGGGAGUCUUGAUUGGAUUUGGAGUUGGCUUUAUCUAUAUACCCAGCAUCCCUGUGCUCUCUCAGUGGUUUGGUAAGAAAAGAAGUCUUGCCAACGGGAUCAGUGCGGCCGGAUCAGGUAUUGGUGGCUUGAUUUUUUCGUUUAUGGAUGGUUCAAUCAUUCAGAAUAUAUCUCUUGCUUGGGCUCUGCGGUUGACAGCUAUUAUCAGUUGCUCAAUGCUGAUCGUUGCCAUUUUACUAAUCCGAAAUCGCAAUGAAGCUAUACUGCCGUCCCAGCGGGGAUUCGAUGUGAAACUCUUGCGUCGUUUAGACGUGCUUCUAUUGCUAUCAUGGGCUUUUCUCAGUAUGCUUGGCUAUAUCUGUCUGCUAUUUUCACUUCCAGAUUAUGCACGCUCCAGUGGACUCUCGGACAACCAAGCUACAAUUGUCAACGCGAUCUUGAACUUGGGAACUGCUGUUGGUCGGCCACUGAUAGGCAUUGCCAGCGAUUAUUUUGGCAGGAUUGAGGUCGCUGGCCUCUUGACUUGCUUUUGUGGCAUUACUUGUUUUGUCAUUUGGCUUCCCUCGACAUCAUAUGGCGUACUUGUUCUCUUCGCUUUCAUCAGUGGGGCUAUUCUCGGGGUCUUUUGGGUUACCGUGGGACCUUUAUGUGUUGAGGUCGCUGGGUUGGAGCAGCUCCAAUCACUCCUCUCUUUGUCUUGGUCUUUUAUUGUGCUCCCUACAACAUUCUCCGAGGUUAUAGCACUCAAACUACGCCGUCUACAGUCACACCAACCAUAUCGAAAUGCCCAAGUGUUCUGUGGUAUCUCUUACAUUUGUGCUAGCGUGGCUUUACUUUUUCUCUGGUUGAUUAAACGACGGAAAGCAUAA